AUGUCCCCCAUCCGAAAAACACACCCAACUAUAAAAAUUAUCAACACCUCCCUAAUUGACCUACCAACCCCAGCAAACAUUUCCGCCUGAUGAAACUUCGGCUCACUUCUAGGGCUAUGCCUAAUACUACAAAUUAUCUCCGGCUUAUUUCUAGCAAUACACUACUCAACCGACAUCACCCUUGCAUUCUCCUCCGUCGCACAAAUCUCCCGAGACAUUAACUAUGGUUGAUUAAUCCGAAACAUACAUGCCAACGGGGCCUCAAUAUUCUUUAUUUGCCUCUAUCUGCACAUUGGCCGAGGCCUGUACUAUGGCUCUUAUCUUUAUAAAGAAACCUGAAAUAUUGGAGUCCUACUAAUAUUCCUAACUAUAGCCACAGCAUUUGUAGGCUACGUCCUACCAUGAGGCCAAAUAUCAUUCUGAGGGGCCACCGUAAUCACCAACCUACUUUCCGCCCUCCCAUACAUUGGCCCCACAUUAGUAGAGUGAAUCUGGGGAGGAUUUGCAGUAGACAAUGCAACCCUAACCCGAUUCUUUACCUUCCACUUCCUACUUCCCUUCACCAUCCUACCAAUAAUGCUCUUACACCUCCUCUUCCUCCAUGAAACCGGCUCUACCAACCCAACUGGACUUAACUCGAACACAGACAAAAUCCCAUUCCACCCUUACUUCUCAUACAAAGACCUGCUCGGAGCAACGAUAUUAGUCACCGCCCUCAUAACCUUAGCCCUCCUAUUCCCAUACCUCCUAAGCGACCCAGAAAACUUUACACCCGCAAACCCCCUCGUUACCCCUCCACACAUCAAACCAGAAUGGUAUUUCCUGUUCGCCUACGCCAUCCUACGGUCUAUCCCAAAUAAACUGGGCGGAGUCCUGGCCCUAGUUAUAUCUAUUAUAAUCCUUUUCAUCGUCCCAAUAACACACAACUCAAAACACCGCGCCGCCCACUUCCGCCCACUAACACAAACCCUGUUUUGAUCACUAACAGCAACCAUUCUUAUCCUGACCUGAAUUGGAGCACAACCAGUAGAAGACCCCUUCAUCUUAAUCGGCCAACUAGCCACAACUUUUUACUUCUUAAUCUUCCUCAGCCUUACCCCAAUAAUCAACAUAUUAGAAAACAACAUACUAAGCUGAUA